AUGGUCUACUCUAUCGAAGGGGUGAUAUUGCAACCAGAAUCAAAUACAUCAGUGAGCCCGAAUUGGCUUUCUGAGAUAACGCUGUCGAUCAACAGUGGCGAAUACAAAGGAUUUGUUCGCAAGGAUGGCCGCUUUGUCAUUAGUGGUGUUCCGCAUGGUAGCUAUGUUAUGUUCGUCGAUCAUCCCGAUAUAUAUUUCCCGCCAGUGCAAGUGGAGAUCAUAAAUGGCAAGCUCAGGGCGCGCCAGGUAAACUUUGUACAGACAACACUCACAGUGAAGAUGCCUUACCCACUUCGACUGAGCCCGUGGCAGCGCCGCAGGUAUUUCCACAGUCGGGAACAAUGGCGGAUCGUUGACGUAAUUCUAAGUCCUAUGUUUAUGAUUAUGGCGGUUCCCUGGGUGCUGAUGCUGGUGCUACCCAAACUAAUAGAUGAUCCUGAAAUGAAGCGUGAGAUAGAAAAUAUACCAUUUCCAAAGCUACCCGCCGAUUUACCCGAGCUCAGUGAAAUACUGACUUCGUUUCUGGCACCAAAACAGCCACUGCCUGUAAAGGAUAAGACAGCUUUUAGUAAAAACUCUAAUAAGAAGCGCAAUUAG